UUUUUUUUUCGUUUCAUUCGAUAGAGUUUGUUCUUGUUUUAAAAUUGUAUCUUUUAUUUCUAUUCUUUUCUAUUCAAUAUUUUUCUAAUAAUGUCUAUAAAUUCUACUAAAUCAAUGAUUGUCAUUGGUAAUCUACCAAAUGAUAUAAACAUUGAUGAGAUACGUUCAUUUUUGUCCACAAUUGAUAUACAAAUUAUUCGUAAUGGUGGUGUACGAAUAAUUCCAUCCAAUGUUUCAAAUGAACAAAUAAAAAUGAAUGCCUAUGUUUAUGUUGAAAGUGAAGAUGAUGUUCAAAAAGCCUUACAAAAAAGUGAUAAAAUAUUAUUCCGUAAUCAUUAUACACUGACAAUUUCGCGAACAACACAAAAAGAAAUGGAAAAAGAAUUACGUUAUAAUAUACCAAAAUAUAUAAGAAAAAAUAUUGAAAUGACAUGUGAAUGGAUUGAUUGUAAUCAAAAAUUUCAUGAUCGAUCACUUUAUCUACAACAUAUUAAUCAAAUACAUGUACCAACAUAUUGGUCAAAUAUUGAUGAUAAACAAAAAUGUAAAUGGCAAGGUUGUUAUGAAGAUAAUGAAUAUAUUAAUAUUGGUCAUUUUCAAUUACAUCUUAGUUUACAUGGUUUUCAUAAUCAAUUGAUGAAUGUUGGUCAACAGAUAAUGAAUAUUACUAUACCACGAUUAAUAUGUUAUAUAAAAAAUCCAUCACGUAAUGUUAUUAUUGAAACAUAUCAACAAUUUAUUUGUGGUUGGCAUGAUUGUAAUGCCGAAUUUAUUGAUGCUGAAACAUUUUUUCAACAUGUUGAAUAUCAUGCUAUUGAAGAUGUAACAAUACCAAUGAUUUCAAAGGAAAAAUUAAAAAAAGUACGUUUUGCUCGUUGUCAAUGGUUAAAUUGUCAGGCAUCAUUCAAAAAAAAAUCUCAUCUAAAAAUGCAUUUAAAUUCACAUACACAACGAAAAUCGGCUGCAUGUCCAAUUUGUGGUGAAGUGUUUGCUACACGUAUUGCUUUUAUUAAUCAUUGUUAUCGACAGGAAACACCAACAGGAUUUACAAAUCAACCAUCAUCAUCAUCAUCAUCAUCAUCAAUAAUAUGUAAUAAUAAUGGUGAUAAAUUUGUCAAUGUUGAUUGUAUGGAAGAUGAUGAUGAACGUAUUCUUACUAUUGAUGAAGAUGUUAAUCAUCAAUCAUCAAUUGUUAUACGAUUACCACAUAAUAUUAAUCUAAAAACUACAUCAACAACUACAAAUGGAUCAACAACAACAUCAUCAUUAAUUGAUAAUAACGAUAAAACGAAUGAAUCAAUUUUAUUGGUGAAUUUUGCUAACAAUAAUAAUAAUAAUCAACAACAACAACAACAGAUUAAUCAUCAAUCCGAUAACAAUAAUGAUGAUGAUAAAAUAAUUACAACCAAUCAAUCGAAUAAUGUUAUACAAUUACAAUUUGAAUCAACAUCAUCAACAAAUCAAAUAUCGAAUGAAUCGAUAAAAAAUUCUGAACGAGAAUUUCAAUGUAAUUAUUGUACGAAAUCUUUUCAUACAGCAUCAUUAUUACGUGAACAUGAAAAUAAACAUACAAAAAAACAUUCCUGUCCAUAUUGUUCAUAUUCGGCUGUUUAUCGUUCACAUCUUAAAGAACAUAUAUUAUUUCGUCAUAGUAAUACAUAUGAUUUUCAAUGUCAAUUCUGUCAACAACCAUUUAAAACUCGCCGUUUUUUACAACGACAUAUUGAAUCACAUAAAAAAGAGAAAAAAAAUCAAUGUCAAAAUUGUGGACAAAAAUUUACUAGUUUUUUUGUUUUGAAUCGUCAUUAUCGUAUGAAACAUUUAAAUGAACAAAUUAUAUUCGCUUGUCAUCUUUGUACAAAACAAUAUAAUCGUGGUAAUAAUCUAUCAAGACAUUUAAUCAAAAUACAUCAAUUAAAAGUAGCUAAAGGUUGGAAAGGAUUUUCCUAUGUGAAACAAUCAACAACAACAACAACAACAUCGGAUACCAACAGCAGUGAUAUUUAUCAUAUUAAUCCAUUAAGUUAUACUCAAUGAGAAAAAACAAAAAUCGAUUGCAAUUGUAAUCGAAGAAAAAAAAAAUUAGAAUUUUUCUUUUAUACCCCAUGGAUUGAUGAAAACUUGACAUUGAUAUGA